GUAAGCAAAAGGUAGAACCCAGCAGAACCACAACUGCCAUCAUGCUGGGCUCCUUGGUCCUGGUUUGGGUUUUCAUCUUUCUCCUCUUCCUCUUCGUCAGGACCCAGAGGCCCAAGAACUUUCCUCCUGGACCCCGGCCUGUGCCCCUGUUCGGGAACCUGUUUCAGCUGAACAUCACCAAUCCUCUGAAAGACUUUGAGAAGUUGGCUGAGCGCUAUGGGAAUGUUUACAGCCUAUAUAUUGGAGGAACACCAGCAGUGGUUCUUACUGGUUUGAAGGCUGUGAAGGAAGCUCUGGUGAUCAAGGCUGCAGACUUUUCAGGACGGCCACAAAAUCACCUAGUCAGCCAUCUAACAGAAGGGAAAGGUAUCGUGCUUGUUGAUUAUGGUCCUGCAUGGAAGGAGCAUCGACGCUUUGCCCUCAUGACCCUGAGGAACUUUGGCAUGGGGAAGCGGUCAAUGGAGGAUAGGAUUCUGGGAGAGACUGAGCAUCUUGUGAAACGCUUGGAAAAAAGUGCCGGGGGCUUCAUGAAUCCUCAGACCGUGUUCCAUGAUGCUGCAUCAAAUAUCAUAUAUCUGGUUUUAUUUGGAAUUCGCUAUGACUACGGAGAUGAAACCCUUAAACAAUAUGUUAGCCUCUUCACUGAAACUACAAAAAUUGCCAAUGGACCAUGGGGAAUGAUAUAUGAUACACUUCCUAUUCUGAGAGCCCUGCCCCUUCCUUUUAGGAAGGCUAUCAUAAACUUUGAGAUACUCAAAAAAAUGAUAGCAAGUAUGAUCAGUAAACACAAGACAUCAAGAGUCCCAGGAGAACCAGAAAACUUUGUCGACUGCUAUCUGGAUGAGCUUGAUAAGAGAGGAAAUGAUGGGUCUUUCAAUGAAGAACAGCUUGCAAGAUACAUUGUGGACCUGCAUGGUGCUGGGACAGAUACCACCUCCAACACCCUCCUCACAGCAUUCCUCUACCUCAUAACACAUCCAGACAUUCAGGAGAGAUGUCAGAAGGAGAUUGAUGAGGUUCUGGAGGGUAAAGCUUAUGCAUCUUUUGAGGACAGACACAAGAUGCCGUACACGCAGGCUGUGAUCCACGAGUGUCAGCGUAUCAGCAUAACCGUCCCUCUGGGUGUGUUUCACUGUGCCAGCAGAGAUUCUGAACUGAUGGGCUACAACAUCCCAAAGGAUACUGUAAUCAUCCCAAACCUUGCCUCAGUGCUGAGUGAGGAAGGCCAGUGGAAGUUUCCUCAUGAGUUCAAUCCAGCUAACUUCCUGAAUGAGCAGGGACAGUUUGAGAAGCCGGAGGCCUUCCUGCCCUUUUCUGCUGGGCCUCGUGUGUGUCUUGGUGAAGGUCUGGCCCGCAUGGAGCUCUUCCUCAUCUUGGUCACUCUGCUGCAUCGGUUUCAGUUCUUCUGGCCUGAAGAUGCAGGAGAACCAGACUUCACUCCUGUAUUUGGAAUCACGCUCACACCCAAACCGUACAGGAUGAGAGUCAGACUGAGACAGCCAGCUAGAGAAACAUAGAAUGUGAUUCUAAAUAUUAAUAUAAUUGAGAAUUAUAAUAAUUAAUCAUUCUUUAUUGAUGAUGAUGUAAAUUAAGGUCAGAUUAGAUGGCUGUGUAUGAAAGUUAGUUCAGCAGUGAGUUCAAAUCUUACAACUUUCCAACUACAACCACAGCACCAAAGAUUUUUUUGAUGAACUUUUGGUUUACAUGCUUUCAUGAAAUAAAGUUUUAUGUUUGAUGGAUGUCACCAACAAAGGGUGUUUGGAGACUAAUUAACAGCAGUUCUAACAGGGGAGAAACAACACCCCACAGUCAGAAGCAAUAAUAAUUACAGUCAUUAAUAAAAGGUCUUCUAAAACAAACGUUAACGGUCUGAUUAAGCUAUUUUAAAGAGAACUCCCAAUCCCAAGUCUGACCAUUGAAGCCUCACAUUAUGUUUUUUUGGUUGUUGUUAUUCUAAGGCUAAGACAGUCUGACAGUCACAGGCAUUCAAUCAGAAUCAAACUUAAAACACAGGUAAAGAGAAGGCAACCAGACCAAAAAUAGAUAAACAACAAAACAAAACGGUCACUUCCAGUUACUCAAACGAAAUCACAACUUAAAACCUUAAACAAAGGAUUAAACCAGCUGUUCAUACUUAGAUUUGCCCUUAUUAUUAAUGAAUCAAAGUGUGACAAAUAUGCAACAAUAGAAGAAACUAGGACGGGGACAUAUACUUUUUCACAGCACUUUACAUAACAUUGACAUAAUCAUGAAAUAAACAUGUCAUUGCAGAUGUCAUAUGUCAUUGUGAGUUGUCACGAUAGAUAAUGUCCAGUAAUACAACAGUGUCGUUAUUGUUAACAUUGAUCGUUGUGACGGAUGCAAUAGAUACAAUAAGGUACAUUCAGCAAAUAAACAGUAACUGUGCAUUAAAA